CGGCACUAGAAGGCAAUGCCAAACAAACCCCAACGGUUUUUGGGAUCUCUCGAAUUUCAGCAUGUGUCUCCCCCUGGGUUUUGCGCUGACCUUGAAGAAGAAGCGUUACAUGGAUCCGGAAGUUAUGCCUCUGUGACUAUUCUAAUGUAUCACGUGGACGUGACUAUCACAUCCGCAUCUGCCGGACUCGCCGAAGUGGGCGAAUUUCGAUCGGAUCUAAAUCGGAUUCCUUUCUUCGUUUCUCUCACUACCUGCUUAUCAAUAUACCAAGCUUACCAGUCCUUGACUCAGGACUGCUUCAAGUCGGUGCCGGUUGCCCUGUUUCUCGUUCCGCAGAACAUAAAUAAAAGGCUCCAAACUUAUCUAUCCAAACUUUACACUUGAAAACUUCAAGAACCUCAACUGCAAACAGAUUACUUCGCAGAUCAUAAAAUGCCCGGAAUCGUUCCUGCUGGAAGCAAGGUGCUAGUAACUGGUGCGAAUGGAUUCAUCGCAGCCUGGGUCGUCCGUACGUUGCUGGAAAAAGGGUACGCUGUUCGAGGGACCGUCCGAUCUGAAGAGAAAGGCGAGCCCUUAAAGAAAAUAUUUGCUGAUUACAAGGACAAGUUCGAGAUCGUUGUCGUCGAGGAUAUUACUAAGGAAGGGGCCUUCGACGAAGCUGUCAAAGGCGUUGACGCUAUCGAACAUACUGCGUCGCCGUUCCAUUUCAAGGCUGAUGAUCCACAGGAACUUAUCGGACCUGCCGUGAACGGAACCCGCAGCAUCCUCAAGAGUGCGCUUAACGAAUCCUCCAUCCGGCGUAUCAUCGUGACUUCUUCUACCGCUGCCAUCAUUGCCACCCUUCCUGAGCCAAAGGUCUUUUCGGAGCUUGAUUGGAACGAGCAGGCGAUAGAAGAAGUCAAAAAGCAAGGGAAGAAUGCGAGUCAAGCAGCCAAGUAUAGGGCUAGUAAGACGUUGGCUGAGAAAGCUGCCUGGGAAUUCUACGAAGCCAGCAACACAAACCGAUCUUGGGACCUUGUCGUUUUGAAUCCACCAUAUGUCUUCGGUCCAGUCAUCCACGACGUCUCCUCACCCUCCGCACUAGGAACCUCCGCCGGCGACUGGUACAACUCUGUAGUCCGUCCGGAUAUGGGCGGCAAGACAUUGGAGGUCAUCACUACCAUCGGAGGUGGAUGGGUUGACGUCCGAGAUAUCGCUCUCGCACAUGUAUUAGCCUUGCAGAAGAAUGAGGCAGGUGGCCAGAGGUUAUUGAUAAGUAAAGGAGAAUUUGUGUAUCAGGAUUUCAUCGACGCAGCGAACGCACUCUCGCCGUCUCCUAUCCCUUCGCACACUGAUUUGCCGAAAGGAAAGCCAGGUGCAGGGAAAGAUUUCGUGCCGAAGAUCGUUUACGACCCAAGCAAGGCUUCAAAGAUACUUGGCCCGGAGCUGGUGUAUCACACCAUAGAGGAAACUACGAGGGACAUAUUGGCAGACUUUGAGAAACGCGGGUGGUAGGUUUCCGCGGACGUUAGGCGGAAAUUGGCCAUGGAAUGAAUCCAUUCAUAACAUCAAAAGAAAUAUAAAUGUACAAGUUGAUCACAAAAAUAGUGUACUAUACAAAUACAAAGAAAUUCUUACUUA